GCAGAGCGGCAGCAUCCUUGCUCCUGAGUGGGCAUGUGCGGACCUCGCGCGCACAUGCUCACUGGCGCGGCGGCGUGAGGAGUUUGCUGGGCACGUUGCUCGAAAGGGAGAGAACGGUGCGCGCUUUUCCUGCUGCUGCGGACUUCUCCAGCUCGGAGCGGCAGCGGCUGUCCGGAGCGCAGGCGGCCUCGCGCGCUCGUUCUUCUCCUGGCGCGCAGGCGGCUGCGGGGACAGGAGCCCGGCGGCGCCAGACGCUCUGCGGCAACUUGCGGUAUAAGGAAAUGCUAGAUCUAGUGACAUCACCCAGCUUGACUGUAAAUAGAGAACACCCUGACAUUCUGAAGCUUAACCUUUCUAACACUUAUGCCACGGUUCCAGAUGACAUAGAAGGCAACUCCAAAGCUGCGGCUCAGCGUUCUCUACAUCUCUACACUACAUAGCAUUAUCCCCAUAUAGUAACAGUCCCAUCUUUUCCAACGAUGGCCACAUAUGGACAGACUCAGUAUAGUGCAGGAAUCCAGCAAACCUCUGGUUAUACUGCAUAUCCGCCGCCUGGCCAACCUUAUGGAAUACCUUCCUACAGCAUCAAGACAGAAGACAGCCUGAGCCAUUCGCCGGGGCAGAGUGGGUUCCUUAGCUAUGGCUCUAGCUUCAGCACCGCAACGUCCGGACGCCCCUACACCUACCAGAUGCCUGGCACCUCAGGGAUUUACCAGGGGCCCAACGGCCUGACGAGUUCUGCAGGGUUCGGCACAGUGCACCAGGAGUAUUCUUCAUAUCCCAGCUUCACCCAAAGCCAAUAUUCGCAGUAUUACAGCUCUUCCUACAACUCUUCUUACAUGUCUGCAAAUAGCAUCAGUCCAUCAGCUAUCCCAACAUCGACCUACUCGCUCCAAGAGUCUUCGCACAACAUUAACAACAGUCAGAGCACCGAAUCACUUUCUGGUGAAUAUACAACACCUGUAAAAGACACAGAUACAGACAGGCAGCACAGAGGGACGGAUGGAAAGCUACGAGGGCGAUCGAAAAGAAACAAUGAUCCUUCCCCAUCAGCUGACACCGAAAUUGAGCGUGUUUUUGUGUGGGACUUGGACGAGACGAUAAUUAUUUUUCACUCCUUACUCACGGGAACGUUUGCAUCCAGAUAUGGGAAGGACACCACCACAUCUGUCCGGAUAGGCCUUAUGAUGGAAGAAAUGAUCUUCAACCUUGCAGAUACGCACCUGUUUUUUAAUGACCUCGAGGAUUGUGACCAGAUACACAUAGAUGAUGUUUCAUCAGACGACAAUGGGCAAGAUUUAAGCACAUAUAAUUUCUCAGCAGAUGGCUUUCACAGUUCAACCGCUGGAGCAAAUCUUUGUCUGGGCUCAGGAGUUCACGGGGGAGUUGAUUGGAUGAGGAAAUUAGCAUUCCGCUACCGGCGGGUGAAAGAACUUUACAACACCUACAAAAACAAUGUCGGUGGUUUAAUAGGAGCUCCUAAGAGGGAAUCCUGGCUGCAGUUAAGAGCAGAACUGGAAGCGCUGACUGAUCUCUGGCUAACACAUGCUUUGAAAGCUCUGGAUUUGAUACAUUCCCGGCCCAACUGUGUAAAUGUUUUGGUGACUACAACCCAGCUCAUACCAGCCCUUGCAAAAGUCCUGCUUUAUGGACUAGGCACUGUCUUCCCAAUUGAAAAUAUUUAUAGUGCAACAAAGACAGGGAAAGAGAGCUGUUUCGAAAGGAUAAUGCAGAGGUUUGGACGGAAAGCUGUGUACAUCGUAAUAGGAGAUGGUGUUGAAGAGGAACAGGGAGCGAAAAAGCACAACAUGCCUUUCUGGAGGAUCUCCUGUCACGCCGACCUUGAGGCUCUGCGACACGCACUGGAGCUGGAAUACUUGUAGCAGACCCAGAAGUCUCCACGGUCACUCCCGAAGACACAGAUCUAUUUUCCUGGCAUUUUCUCUGGGGGCGGAGCUCUUUUGUAUGAAAGUCUUUUAAAGAGAAUCUGCACCAGGAGCACAGCGUAACCAAGUUCCCCCCCCUUUUUUUUUGAAGAAGAAACCUUUAAAUGACCUUAAUAACUGGAUGCUUAAAACUGAAGUGGGACAUUUGCCAUGUAAAUUACUUCCAGGCAUGCAGGAAGAUCAGCCCUGGUUUAAUUCAUUAGGGUUUCCCCCCCCCUUCUUCUUUCUUGCUUUUAAUAAAUGGGAAUAGGGUGGGAAGACGUGACAUGGAGUUUCUAGGCAUAUUUGCUGGACAGUUUUAUCAAUUCAGAGGAGUUUCUGAGGUGGGGAGGGGGAAGAUUGAAAAAGAUGAUUUUUUGGUAUUUUUUUAAUUUAUGAACUAAUCCUAUUACUCUGAUAUUAAGCUCAGUACCUGUGUUUGUAUCUGCUGAGUUGGAUGGACUCGGCCCAUUCUAAUUUAAUAGCUCUCUUCUCCAAGGUUAACUGUGGGGAACAAUCAUUAUCAUGUCCAUUUGAAAUGAGCACAUGUGGGACUCUUGGUGUAAAAACUAUAGCUAGUUUUUGAAAACUGUGGCAUGUGGGCUGCACCCGUGUCUCCGUAGGCUGCCAUCUUGUUUUCGCAUGGUCAGGAGAAAGAGUUACCUUGUGAUGAGUGAAUGGCAAUAAAACUAUGUUUACAAUUUUA